CUCUUUCUCUCUCCCUCUCGAAUUUGGUUGGAUCGUCUCCUUGAAUUGGGAAAUUAGGGUUAUUCUCCGAAGAUGACGACUGCAGCUAGACCAACAUGGGCUCCAGCCAAAGGAGGUAACGAGCAAGGCGGUGCUCGAAUCUUCGGCGCAUCUCAGAAGUAUUCAUCUCGUGACGUCGCAGCUCACACAACUCUAAAACCAAGGAGGGAAGGACAACACACUAAAGAGGAAGUGGAGAAGAAGAAUCUUCGUGAUGAGCUUGAGGAGCGUGAGAGGAUUCACUUCUCUUCCAAAGACAAAUCUUACAGUGAUGAUAGAGAGCGCAGGAGAGGGAAUCAGUUAUUACUAGAAGGUUCUAAAAGGGAUCCUGAAGAUCGGAUUGUUCCUCGCAGUGUAGAUGCUGAUGAUUCUGAUGUUGAUAUCAAAAGUGAUUAUGAUGAUAGUGAUGAAGAAAGUGACGAUGAUGAGGAUGACACUGAAGCUCUUAUGGCUGAACUUGAUCAGAUAAAGAAAGAAAGAGUUGAGGAGAGGCUCAGGAAGGAAAAGCAGCAGCAGAUGGAAGAGCUAAAUGCCAAAGAAGAGGAGCUUCUCAAAGGAAACCCACUGCUUAACACCGCUCCCACUUCGUUUAGUGUCAAAAGAAGGUGGGAUGAUGAUGUGGUAUUCAAGAAUCAGGCACGUGGGGAAAUGAAAGCACCAAAGCGCUUCAUCAAUGAUACAAUCAGGAAUGACUUCCACAGGAAGUUCCUACACAGAUACAUGAAGUGAUUGAACACGAGUGUUCUUUGUUACUUGUCUCUAUGAGAUGAAUGAACAAAGGCUUUAUAUUCUCUUGGAUUUAUGAUGUCCCUUGUACUGAUACCGAAGCCAACCAAACAAUUGUUUUAUGGUUUAUAUCAAAAGCUUGUGCACUUGACUCUAAUACUAUUUUCUCAGAUUUCUACUAAAUUCUUAUUCAUCACUGACACUUACAAAACUGGA